AUGCCGGUGAUUCGGAACAGAGUGGGCAAUGAUUGGGCAAUCGCCGUCAAGGAUGAGACGCUCCUGGAUCCAAUAUUCAACCAUUUGCUUCAGAAGGUGCAAGGCCAAGGCCAAGGCCAAAUUCGCUUUGCGGAUGAGGUGACGCUUCACAAUUCCCAGGUUCAUAUCCGCACCCGCCGCCGGAUUUCGUUCAGUGCUGUUCAUGACUGGGUCUCUCGUCAGAUGUCAUCAUUUUCGGCAAAGAAAAUGUGGACUUUCCAGGUGCCGAAAGAUUCGCCAGCGCAAUGUGCAGUGGAGCCGAUGACUGAUUCUCAGAAGCCUUUCUUGCUGCAGAAGCUCCUCAUGCAUGCGACGUCUCCACUGAUUUCAUUUUCCCUGGCAGACUUUGCCGAUGAACAAUUGCCUGACUCAGACGAAGAAGGAAAUAAUCAGCAGACCUCCCGGAACCUCGACAGAGCUGUGGUGAGCAGGAGGAAUGAAGGCAGCCGCUUGAAGCAUGCCAUCCAGGUCCAGACCAGCCCAGCACAGGCAGCUGCAGGCAACCCGGCGGCAUUGGGCGCCGUCGCCAUGACGUCCCUCUUCGACCGAUCUUUGCGGCACAACGCGCAGCUGCUCUUGACGGCCCUGGCGCGGAAGGAUCCGCAGGCCUUGGCGCAAUCCCAAGGUCAAGGGCUGCGGGAGGCCUUUGCAGCUUUGUUGUGGCAAGCACCGCACCAGCUGGCGCCGUCCGCCCGGAGUUUGGGCAUUUCGAGUGCCGCCGCCAGCGCGGGCAAGAGCUUCACCCUUUGCGGUCGUGUGGCCCGUGGCAAGUGGCUGCGGCUGGUGCUGGGCGAAUUGACCAACACCUUCGCGGAGGGCCACUUCCCUCCGCUCCCAGCUGAGCCUGGAGCGGGAGCCUCGCGGCGCCUGGGACCCUUUGGAGCUUCUCCAGUGAAGGACUGGACCGACUCUUGGCCCCGCGUGGCGCGCUUGCAGCUGUUGUAUUCCCAUUUCUUGGCCCAGAUCCUCUGCGCUUUGCCCCUUUCAGCUGUGGCACCUGCACCUGGACAAGCUGAAGUGGAGAUUGUUACGCAGGAGUGUCGAAAGUUUCUGGAGCUGCGCUGUGCGGCGGCCUCCUCGGCUCUAGAACAUGAGGACCAGCGGAACCAGACUGCCAUGCUGUCCAUUGCUGUUCUCGUGGGAUGCGUCGUGGCGCAACAGCCAGGCGUCCAUGAGGAAGAAUACCAUCCCCAGAUGCCUCUUUGGACCUGCAGCUCAAGCGGAUGCAUCAAACAGAUGAAAUCCGUGGCUCUGGAUGCGAACUGGCGAUGGCUUCACAAUGGACAAUACACCAACUGUUACAAGGACGGCGAUUUCAACCAAGAGCUGUGCCCCGAUCCAGUGAGCUGUGCUCGGAACUGCCACCUGGAGGGGGCCUCCCAGGAGCAGUACGGAUCCACCUACGGUAUCAAGGAGACGGAGGAUGGCAUCAAGAUUGACUUCGUGACAACCACGAAGUACGGUUCAAACUUUGGUUCCCGAGUCUACAUGAUGGACACACCUGACAGGUACAGGAUCUUCAAGCUGAAGAACCGAGACUUGUUUCCGCUAGAUGUGACGUUGUGA